UUGCGUGCUGACUGCGAAAACAAUCUAAAGUGAAGCGCCUAAUUUAUCAGUGCAUAAAUCAGUGACCAUGUGGAGCUUUAAUGUUGUGAUUGCCCUUUGUGGCGUGUGCAGUGUGUUUGGUGCUGCACUGAACGACAACAUCGACAUCGAUAUCAAGGUCGACUCGGACUCGAAGCUGUACCAUCAGGGCAAGACGGUGGAAGGUUCGUUUAACUACGGAUACAAUGUGCCCCGGCGGAACUACAACCAAUACCAGCACAAGGUGAAGGGCCCGGACGGUGUGACGUACGGGUGUUACGGGUUUGUUGAUCCGACCAACGGAACGCAUCUCUACCAUUAUGUGUCGGAUCUGAAGGGCUACCGGGUGGUGCCACCGAAUCAGCCAACCAAGGUGUACACGGAUCGGGUGGCUAACAGUGUAGCAAAUAUUUACGAUUCCGUCGGUGAAACGUACGACUGGGAAAAGCUCUACUUCCCCGAUGUGUGUCGGGUACUGCAAAAGAGCAAAGAGGAACGCAACGAGCUUUCCAUCCCGAAAGGAUUCCAGGUAAACGACGAUGGUACGGUAACGCAAACGACUCAAAAGCCGAAGGCAGCCUCAUCGACCACCACCCGCCGUACUCCUGCACCAUCGGCCGCAGCACGACCACCGGCACGCCCAACAACCGCACGAUCCAACAAGGCUCAGUCAACCCCCGCUCGUACCACUUCACGAGCAGCUCCCACGAGUACUCGGCGUGCUGCAACAUCACCACCAACAACGACCAAAUCGACCACACCCCGAGCAACUCCAGCAGCUCCAACGACUCCAAAACCAUUACCAAAACAGACCACCCCACGUACCACGACAACUACCCGACGUCAAAAUACGGGCUCUUCUCGACAACAGCAACAGCAACAAGUACAACCACCAACUCCACGCGUCCCCGCACCGGUCCAGACGACACAGGCACGUACCGCACCGAAGAACACCAUCAAACCCGACAACUUCCCGCUCGCUACACCGAAACCCAGCGGUAACAAGUUUGGCAACAACCGGGACAACUUUAUCGGUGCACCGGCAACCAACACGGCGGAAACCCUAAAACCACCCCAGGACCUGCAAGCCGUCGGACAGGAUAUCUCCGAGCUGAAGUCGCUGCUGCAGAUGCUGCUCAAGUCUAUAAACAAUUCUCCGAAAGCGAACGCACCCGACUGUGACGAUGCCGGUUCGUUGGGCCAGGUGAAUCCAAACGCCAAGCAGGUGUUCCUUCCGCUGGUCAUCGUGGAUACGCUACCGGGUUGGAGGGGUUCGCUGGGGCAGGGUUCGCAGGUCGGUGGUCUACCCGCCGGCAGUCAAUUUGCCAUACCGUCGAUCGGGUACGGUGCGUCACGGUGUAAUACCUGCGGUUAACAGCGGACGGAAGAAAAUGUAUUGUCGACUUUACUUUUAAGUUAAAAAUAAAUGACAUCAAUUGAAA